ACAUAACGCCAUAUCUGUUUUCGUUUCUAUUUUCUAGAAAAUCUUCGUCGCCCUUUUCUUGGUGUCCAUUCUCGAUCUGAUUGCAAAUCCACCAGAUUAACCCUUCCGAUCCCUCCACAUAAUUUCAGUUUUUGUGUUUACCGCUUCUUCUUCUUCUUCUUCUUCUUCGAUCUAGAGGAAGAUCGGGUUAUCGUUCCCCUAAUCAAUUGGGGUUUUCUAUUUGAAUUAUGUUCUUCUUGAUCUGGGAGUUUCUUUGACAGUGGGUUUGUUUGAUUGAUUUGGGAAAUCUGUAAUACCCAGAGCGGAAAUGGAUCAAUUCGAUGCGUUUUUUCGAAGAGCAGAUUUGGAUCAUGAUGGAAGAAUCAGUGGAGUUGAAGCUGUUGCUUUCUUUCAGGGUUCUAAUUUACCCAAACCAGUGCUCGCUCAGAUAUGGCAGCAUGCUGAUCAUAACCGCACUGGCUUCCUUGGCCGUCAAGAAUUCUAUAAUGCUCUUAAGCUUGUCACUGUGGCACAGAGUAAAAGAGAACUAACACCUGAUAUAGUAAAGGCGGCAUUAUAUGGACCUGCUUCAGCUAAAAUCCCUGCUCCACAGAUAAAUCUUGCAGCUCUUCCUGCCGCUCAACCAAAUUCAAUGGCUCCACGUCCUCCUACACAGCAGCCUGGAGUUGGUACUUCAAUGCCUCCUCAAAAUUUCGGGAUAAGAGCGCAAGGGCCUCCAAAUUCAAUGGCUCCUUCUUUAGUGGCCCCACCUUCUGUGCAGUAUUAUGCAUCUCAAGGAAAUCAACCAAUGAGGCCACCUCCUAGUGGUUCUCUUCCACCACAAGGUGUUGGGGGUCCAAAUUUCCCAUCAGGAGGUGGUCUUGCGGGUCCAGGACUCUCAAGCUCAAAUGUCUCAGGUGAUUGGCUUGGCGGCAGAGGUGCUGGGACUCCUGCAGCAACAGUGCAGGUCCCUAAUAGCACAGUCACCUCUAUAGCACCAAGGCCUCAAGAUCCACAUUCAGUCUCGUCUUUCAUGACUCCUAGAGCACCAGUCAGAGGAAAUGCAAUUGUUUCUGACCCUAUGUUUGGAGGUGAUGUGUUUUCUGCUUCCCCAUCUUUAUCCAGACCACCAUCAUCCCCAAUGCCUACGCAUACUGCAAGCAGUGUACCUGCUUCUUCUGCCAUUGUUCCUCCAACUUCUGAGCCCCAGAUUCCAGCCAAGAUUGACCCACUUGGUGCUUUGAAUGCUUUUACAAGGCAGCCCACAGGGGCUCCGGUACAGCCAGCGGCACCCUCAGUUCCACGACCAAAUCAACAGGGCCCAACUCAAAAUACUACUUCAUUUGGAUCAGCUGGACUUUCAGUUGAGGCGAAAACUCAAGCUCCCAAUCCAUCUCAACCUCAGUGGCCAAAAAUGACCCGGGCUGGCGUUAACAAGUAUAUGAAAGUUUUCAUGGAAGUUGACUCCGAUAGAGAUGGGAAGAUCACUGGUGAACAGGCGCGCAGUUUAUUUUUAAGUUGGAGACUACCAAGAGAAAUUUUGAAACAGGUAUGGGACUUGUCUGAUCAAGAUAAUGACAGCAUGCUUUCCUUGAGGGAGUUUUGCAUUGCUCUCUAUCUGAUGGAGAGGUACAGAGAAGGGCAUAAUCUUCCACCGACACUUCCUAGUAACAUCUUGCUGGAUGAAACUCUAUUGUCCCUCACCGGUCCACCCAACCCUUCUUAUAGAUCUGCUGGCUGGGUUGCUACUCCUGGUUCUCUCCCACAGCAAGUGAUGCCUGGUGCUCAACCAAUGCAACAUGCUGGUUUAAGGCCUCCCAUGCAGGGAGCUUAUCCUAGGGCUGAUGGACAAAUGCAGUAUAAUCAGAAGGGACCUGUGCCCUCCAUGGAUAGUUCUCAUGCACAUCAGCUUAGCAAUGGUGAUCAAAAUGCAUCUCACUCAAAUUUUCGAGAGACAACUGAACCAGAGAAAGCGGUUGAAGAUAAAAAGGUGAUUCUGGAUUCUAGAGAAAAGAUGGCGUUCUACAGGAACAAAAUGCAAGAUCUUGUUCUAUACAAAAGCAGAUGUGAUAACCGCCUUAAUGAGAUUACGGAACGGGCUUUAGCUGAUAAACGUGAGGCAGAGUUGCUUGCCAAGAAAUAUGAAGAGAAGUACAAACAGGUGGCAGAAGUGGCCUCUAAAUUAACUAUUGAGGAGGCAUCAUUCCGUGAUAUUCAGGAGAGAAAGAUGGAGUUGAAUCAGGCACUAGUGAAAAUGGAACAGGGUGGCAGCGCUGAUGGUAUCCUUCAAGUUCGUGCUGAUCGUAUACAAUCAGAUCUUGAGGAACUACUGAAGGCUUUAGCGGAACGUUGCAAGAAGCAUGGAAUUAAUGUCAAAUCAACUGCAGUUAUUGAGCUUCCACAAGGCUGGCAACCUGGAGUUCCGGAGAUAUCUGCAGUGUGGGAUGAGGAGUGGGAUAAAUUCGAAGAUGAAGGAUUCUCAUUUGAUGUUGCGGUCCCUGCAAAUGCCAAAUCUACAACUCCUCAGACAGAAAAUAUGUCUCCUGUUGAUAACUUUUCAGAUUCAUAUUCAACUGCUGAUGGGAAGUCAGAGAAGCUAUUCGAGACUGAAUCAGCAUAUGCACACAGCGAAGAUGAAUCAGCCAAAAGUCCGGCAAGCAGUCCCACGAGAAACAAAAUAUUUGAAAGUCCAACCAAGGAGGAUUCUUAUAGCCAUUUUGGGAAGAGCUUUGAUGCGGACACAGAAACUCAAAGGAGCUUUGAUGACCAAGGAUGGGGUACUUUUGACAAUAAUGAUGAUGUAGAUUCAGUUUGGGGAAAUAACGAUGCCACUAAGGAUGCUGAUCCUGAGAAACACGGAGAGAAUUAUUUCUUCGACUCCAGUAGCUUCACCGCAAGUCCAAGGAGAACGGAUUCCCCUCAGGGCAGUAAUUUCUUUCAGAAGAAGAGUCCAUUUGGGUUCGAUGAUUCAGUCCCUGGCUCACCGGCUUCUAGAGCUGGCACCUCACCACGGUACAGUGUCGGAGGAGCGGAGAAUUCUUUCUUCGAUAGUUUCUCGAGGUACGACUCUUUCAGCGCUAAUGAACGUGGUUCUACUUCUCCCCGGCGAGAAACCUUCACGAGAUUCGAUUCUAUGAGCAGCACCACACAGGACAAUAACUUCUCUAGGUUCGACUCAAUGAGCAGCACAACACAAGACCGUAAUUUUGCUAGGUUUGAUUCCAUGAGUAGCAGUACGGGGUUUGACCAUGGCCAAGCGUACUCGUUUGACGACUCGGAUCCUUUCGGGUCGAGUGGACCAUUUAAGGUGUCGUCGGAGGGUCAAAGUGGGAAAAACGAAUCCGACAAAUGGGCAUUCUAGUUUUUUGUAUUGAUGGGUCAUGUAUUUUUUUGUACUGGCUUGAUAGUUUGUGUUUGUAUCAUUUGCUUCAUCUUUAAAUGCAUUUCAUGAAAAGUUCACAAUGUUUCUUUUGAUAUAAUUUUGACCAGAAUCACCUAUUUGUUUGUUGAUUCUCAUUAUUAUAAAAUAUUUGCCUUUUGAUUUUCAGAUGA